AUGUCCAAGGAGAAGCCCAAGAAGGGGGUUAAGACCAAAAAUGACCACGUCAACCUGAAAGUGGCCAGCCAGGACAGCUCUGAAGUCCUGUUCAAGAUCAAGAGGCACAACUCGCUGAGCAACCUGAUCAAGGUCUACUGUGAGAGGCAGAGCUUGUCAAUGAGGCAGAUUAGAUUCAGGCUCAAUGGGCAACCAAUUAACGAAGCAGACACACUUGCACAGCUGGAGCUGCACGACGAGGACAGCAUCAAUGUCUUCCAGCAGCAGACAGGGGGCAUGACCAGCUGCUCGCUAGGGUGUGACAUGGAGAGAGACACCCUGCUUGGCAUGCUCAUGUUUGCUGUGGAACAGUGA